CCUGAAACACGAAAGAAAAUCGACUAUCGAGAAUGCUGCACCUCGAGGCCCAUUGCCUGUUGAGGAAGGUGAUGCGUGACGCCAUCAGGGGAGAUGGGACGGAUCCGUGCCUGAAAAUACGAGUUUAGCUAAGGAGCAGCCCGGUCCUGCUAGCACGGCACUAUGAUAACCAACACCGGUGCAGAUGCGAGGUUGCCCGGGCGAUAUCCAUUUCAGGUUCAAUUCCUCCAUGAACGGCCAUUUGUCUGCCCGAAACACCUAUCCGCAUGUUCGCUCGGUCCAAUUCUGUUCGAUCCCGUCUCCCGUCCCUUGCGUUGACUUGAGCUUUCUCUCAACUGUUCAAUCCCCACAACAAACGGUUUCCGCGGCCAUAUCGGACUGGCUGUCUUGUGACACGUUGGCCUACAGAGACAGUGUUAACAGUCCCGUCGUUGGAACCUCUUUACAAGACGAGCUAUCGUUACAUUACGAGCUUACUUCGUACUUUGCAGCUGUUGGAGGUCAGUCAUCCCGGGCCGGGCCCGCCGUCUCCCUCCAUUAUAAUCCAGGCGCAGACCUGUCCACCGAACAUCUGCAACCGGCAGCGCUCCAGCCAAGGCACUGCCGCAAUCCAGGACUCCAGUUUGUCCUUGCUUGAUCCACGAAUGUGAGACGAUCACAGCUCUCUUGUCGGUCCUCCAGUCUGCUGGCAAGCAGAUUGCCCUGCUUGACUCCCGAUUCCCCUGACUGAUCUGCCCCCGCCUCUCCUGCCUGCUGCGGGCAGCAGCGCCAGGUUGCAGGGAGGUUGCAGCACUUAGCCUGUCCGGCGCCCGGCUCGCACCUGCUCCUGCUGUCAUCUCAACGACCGCACCGGGCGUUACGACAACAUCCUCGGGGCCACCGCAGUGGCUGUCUGCGUACCUACCUACCGUACCUACCUACAUAGCUGGAAUUCAGUUUUGAACACCACCUUUACGGCCACCAACAACAAUACCCAUCCACCCUCCCAGCAUUUACCGUCCUGCCGGCAUCUUGCUUACCUUCUACUUCCAUUCAGUUACCCGGGUCUCCCCCGAACAUCACCACUGCCUAGUACCUACCUCUACCUACCUUGCCGCACCCCGUCUCGGCAACCCGAACCCUCAGUUGUUCCUUCGCCAUAUCACGUUGUCGAGGUCCAUGCCCGCCGGUUCCUUGGUCGUACUACGGCGUUGGGUGUGCAUGACCACAAAGUUCCCAUACUCGACCCUGAACGGGCUCGGUCCGCGCCUACUGUCGCUAUAACGUCUAUACUAAGGAAGCUCGGGGCCCCAUGACGCGCAUCGAACACACAGCUAUACACGACAAUCGAUUCACAGAAUGGAGAACGAACCGCCAAUUAUCUCGGUACAGGAGGAUGGCCGGGGUACCAAAAGGGGCCGGAUAAUGGGGAAGCUCUUCGGCCGGGUGAAGGAAGACCGCGAACGCGACCGGAAGCCUUCUCACGAUAACACGGGAGCGUCUGGAGAUCUGAAUGAUUUCUUCCACGGCUCAUCAGACAAGUUGCAAGUGGCCCAUCCAGGGCCCCCCACGCUUGCAAAGCUCGACACAAAAACUGCCGGCAGUACACGAUAUCCCAACUCUCUGAAUGUGCAGAGUCCCACCGACCCUCGACAUGAUUUGGCUAUCCGGGCACGCUCAUACAGCCCACGGAUCCGCAAAAACAAAGGCCUGAGCGUAAAGUUUACCGACGCGUACCCCGAAGUUAUUGGGCAUGGCGGCGACGAGUGCGAUGUGCCCACGGUCGAGAUCUCGAAAAGGAAGCAAGUCAGGUCACCCAUGCCUCCGACCACAACUGCGUCUGCUUGGUCCCUGGAUGGGGGUGGGAGACCUACUGGGUCACCGGGUGCAGCACAAAAGAACGAUCCAUCCUUUACACCAGGACCAUUGCGACGUGCACAAACUGGGUUUGCGAAUAUACCCGGUACUGGGGAACACGAGCUAGCAGAAAAAAACAGUCCCCAGCCGAGGCCAAGAGGCAGCCCAGCAACCAAUCCAGACGAGAAGCGCCGUUCGUUCAUCGAGCUGCAUCAAGCUGAGAUGCGGGAAGCAGAAGGACAGGCCUUUGCCAAUGCAGUCCGCUCGGCAAGCAUAUCCUCGCAAGCUACUCGAACUUCCGAGCGGCCACCCCUUUCGGCCACCAAUUCAACGAGUCGAGGACAGUAUACCGAGUCUCCAAGAGAUGUUGACCUUCCUCAACUGUACCAGCCAUCACAAUCGGACUCUCUUAGUCAGCCCACAAUUCCAACUUCACCCCGGUCCAGGCUCGGGCCUUCUCCCAUACCCGCCCAGGCUCCUCGCUCUCCUCAGACAUACGCUGUUGACUCAUCUCGGUCUUUGCAACUGCCACGGAAUGGGGCUCUAGCGUCAGAGACACAACACUCGCCGCUGCAUAUGCAACCGCAGCUGAGCCCGCUACCGACAUCCGGUCUGACACCUGGUUUGGAACAAAGUCCACCCACCAGCUUCAUCAACCAGUUUGGAUCGUUUAGAUCGUCGGGACGAUCCCUGGAGGGGGAGAAUUUUUCACCAAAUGCAGCGCAGCAACCACCUACCCCGGCAUGGAACCAUGACCAGAGUGCAUUAGACGAUGCCCUGAGUACUUUUGCUGCACGGAGUACCCAUCUCUUCGAGCUAUUUCGUCUACACUCCGAGAGUGUGCGACCCUUGCUAUCAUCAACACCCGAACAACUCGUAAGGGCAGCGUUGUGGUGGUUCCUCACCGGCCGAAUGGCCCUGGAAAAUGCUGUUCGCGAACGGCCGGCGGGUCUCGAAGCUGAGCAGAGAAAUAGCUUGGCUAAGCAACAAGCUCAUGCAGACCUUGCCAAAGCGUAUUGGUUAUCAGAAAAGAUGGUUCCGGAGAUAUCUAACAGCACAUCCGCCCUGGUAGAUGCGGAGGUAGAAGAGGUGCGAAAGGUUCUUGCGUCCAACCUGCGAAAAUUGGCCGGAUCGAUGCAGAGGAACGGUUUCAUGCCACCCGAGGAAGCACUCCUGCCUCAAGCGAUAGACAGGUCGAUAUGGAUAGAAUAUCCUUCCUUGACUCAGGAUAUCAUCUCCCUUCUUUGGGGGUCUUCGAGUUCAGCGCUCGCUUCAACGCAGCAGCACCAGCCUGGGAUUGGGAUGCUAGACGCACUUCCAUUGGGUGACUCCGACAACUUCUUCUCCUUUGGGCGUUUCCGCAUCGAGGCAUUCUUAAUGGAACAAGGGAGAGAAUCGCAGAGACUUCACUUUCCAUGUUUCUUAUCCAUAUUGAGGCCACAGAAACAAGCGGAUAUCAUGUUCGUCAUCGCAAGCCAAAAUGAUUCUGUUCAGCUUAGAAUAUCGGGUGAUAAAAGCCUGGGUCCCGUGUGGGAGGACGUACGAUGGCGCCCAGAAACACUCACCCUCGAUGUAAGAUUACCCAGAGGGUUUGCUCUGGUCCUCCAAUGCUCGCAAGGUAGCUUCAAAACGCUGCGAAGUAUGUACGAGUUCAGCGCAAAGGUCCAUGCGAGCCUUUACGCGAAGCCAGACGAGAAGUGCCUAUUCAGAUCAGCUCUUCGAGCUUUUCAGUACGUCGACAAUGACCCACAGGCCAGACAGUUUCCGAGGGAAGCAACGCCUGGAUGCGAGCUUGCCCUGUUUGAGCGCCUUAAGAAAGAAGGCGCGGCAACUGGGCCUCGAACGUAUCAUCGCGGAUUUCGAAUCGCGGUUGUCACAGGACCAAAGGUCAAGACACUAAGCGGCGUCAAUCAAGUGUACACUCCGCAAACACUCAUCCAGCUCGGCUCCUGUCGCAAUGAGGCAAAUGACCCUGCCCUUUCCCUAAAAUUCGAGAAUGGCCGUCUUAAGGGAAGCAUGGUGUUGUCCUUCAAGGAUGAACAAGAAAGGUCGCAAAUGCACAGCCUCCUCAUUGGGUCAGCACUACAAAAGGAUGAAGAGGUCUUUUGUGAGGUGCCGCUGAAGGUCGUCUGGUUCUCGGAAAGAUACGGCGAUUCGGCACACAACGGUCUCAAGCAGAUGGCUGGGUUGAGUUGGCAAAGAGUCAAGGUGAUCAAUGACGACAAUGAUGGUGACCGGCCACCAUGCGUUCUUGCUGAUAAGCUUCGUGCGGUGUACGACUUCCAGGACGGCACAUUUACUGACAGGAUCAACGUCGCGCCCGGCGAACUGCGUCUAAGACUGGACGUACGUAACCCAAGUUGCAUUAUGGUGUUCCGCCAGCCCCAGGCAGACGCAACUCUGGCAAUUACGGAUCCAAAGAUUCCGCGUGAACUAUCCGAAGGAAUGGCCGAAUGCCUGGAAGUCCUGCAACAAUCUCCCACCAUCAGAACCUACAUGUUCCCUAGUGUCGGGGAACUCCAUGCCUUUGAAUCAGCUAUCACCGGCUUCAAAAUUCUCUUUGAUGGGAUUGCUAGCGCAUUUGCGAUUUCUCGUCGCCGUAUGGUGGUUCCCAUUCACAAGAAAUGGGAGGCAGGGUCAACCCGGAUCCAGAUCGUGCAGCAAGACGGGGUUACGCAGAUGUUAACUUUCUUCGAGAACUUCACCCAUGGCCAGUGCAUGGGAUUCACUCUCAAAGGAACUGACAUCUUUGAGGCGUUCAACAGAGGCGGCAAGGCCGGGCUCAAGAUUGCUGAUGCCAAGUUUCCCUUACCCAAAGUCUUGCCCCAGAAUGUCACCGACGCACAGGCGGCUGCGGACACGGCAUUCCUGUGUCUAGAUCUACCUGAGCUCCCGGGAGAACAUGAUGACAUUACCAUAUUGUUUGAUAGUGAAGCGGAACGUGACAAGCUCGGCUUGUGUCUCCCGGCACCUGUGAAGGGCUCUAGAUUACCAAAGAAAUAGGAGACGACGGGAGAGCUGGAUAACGUUGGGAGACUGCGCGAAAGAUCUGGAUGAUAAGCUUCAAGCUGUUCUCGAUCGGAGUUUGAAGCAUGAGAUACCCUCUAUCAUAUCUAUUUACAGUAACAGCAGUCGUUAGCGUUGAGCAUUAUGACGGAUCCGUAGAACAAAGCACUCGGAGCAUGGAUUUGGAUGAUCGGGUUGGGACGUUGAUAAUCGGUGCCAAAGUUCACUAAAUUAUGCGGUCAUUGUUUUCAAAGCCCAUAAUAAGGGCUUGGUUGACAAAGUAAGGGAUCAGAGCAGAGCACAUAAACCCAUUCACUCUGCAGACAUGCCCGUGAUGAGAAGGAGGGGGAAGGUUUGGAGAACCUUUAUUAAACUGUUAAUAUACAUAUAACACAACCAGAAAUGAGACUCGUGAUGUAUAGCCGAAGCCAUAACUUGAACAUUCCAGUAGUAAUCGAGAACGCCCCGACUCCAAGACUAACUUGAUGACCUUGGCCCGGCUCUGCAAAUUGGGACAGACCGAGCCUUUCUUGUAAUCGAUAUCCCCAUAUUCUCAU